GCUAUGAAGUGUCGCUGAGAUAAACGCUGGUCCUACAUCAAGCAGGGGUAAGAACACGGAAGCGAUAGAUACCUGGGUAGGUAUGAGAAAUCUCUUUGUAUUGGAGUGGGGUCCGGCCAUAACCCUGCACGUUGCGCGUUUAAGCCGACCUAUACAAGGAUCAUCGAUAGUGCCCGAGAUGUAGAUUAAUGGUAUAGUAAGCCGGGCGUUCAAUGGUAAUCUUAUCACAACGACCGCUGCGGUCAGCCGAACUCAUCACGGCGGCGGCCUCGCUUCCGAGCUAAGGGCGGCUUGUGCCGCAUGCUGCUUCAUGAGCGAGUUCCUCAUGCCCGACCUUCCGGCCAAAGUCCGCGAUGCGUGCGAUCGCUGCCACUCCAAGAAAAUGCGCUGCCAGCGCGUAGGCGCCCGAUGUGAGCGAUGCCAGCAAGCAGGCGUUAGCUGUGUGUUCAGCCCGCGAACCCCAUACAAUGCCGUGAACCGCACCCGGAAUAGUACCCACGGAUCAAAAGACUCUAGCUUGAGCUCGCACAAUACUACGGGAGGUCAUACGGAGACACCAUCGGCUUCAAACCAAACGACAAAUAGUCUAACUGGGUGGAACAUCAACGGCAUAGAGUGGCCUAGUGCAGGCGAAUGGAACCUUGGGAGCAUGGGACUAUUGCAGGCCAGCGACGCUGAGGGCUCCAGUAGUACCACCGCUUCGCCCCAGUUCUUCCCUCCAGCCACCUUGGCCGACAUAAAUGAUGUUUGGAUCGAUGCUUCGGCCCCCAACUUGGUCAUGAAUCAGCCUGCGUCACCCACACUCCUCUGCAUGCCCCCCGAUACGACGAUCGCCGCAGGGGUUCAGGACCUGAGGUCCACCCACGACCGACCAUCGACUAUCGCCGAUAUCAGUACACAGGUGUUCCGCGCACCCGGCCUUCAUUCCGCAUCAGGCCAUAUCACGAUUAAAGAGUCGCCUUCCGAUCGUUCACUGCCCGCCUCCGAAUUCUACUGCGAGACCUUUGCUGCUUCACGCUCGCUUGUGAAAGCGCUCGGGUCGUACGGCGACGCCCCACCAGAUCCGGGCACUGCCGAUGACGCAGAUUUGCUACUCGUUCUGUCUUCUUACUUAAAGCUGCUAGGCCGUUACGAUGCAAUCUUUGGUUGCUGGCUACCACUCAUAGAGCCCGAGGUCAAAGAGCCUUUCAGCCGGACGCGGUCCAGCGCUCUACGAGACGUCAUUUUGCAUGUCUUACCGCCCGCGAACAGUAUGGCAUCGCUCCUCGGUCCCAUUGCUACGUUGCACAGAUCCGUCUCGUUCUGGAGAUCUCGCAGAGAAUGUAUCACCAGGUCAGCCAGAGUUUAG